ACCCUGCAGCAUCUCCACUGGACGGGUGCCCAUUAUGGGCUGUAACACUUCUGUGGCGUGUGUGCUUCGCCUCCCCUUGCGAAGCCCAGGCCAUUCACCGUCUGCCAGAACCCUGAGAAAGGCUCGCUGCCCUUUGUUUUGGGUUGAAUGCUCCGCUUUUGGUCCACUUUCAUGGGGUCGACUUUAAAAUCCUGAGAGCACGUGGUCCUGGUCGCCUUGGAGCCCCUCCCGGUCAGCUUUGGAGUUGAGCAUCAUGCUGAGACGGAUCAGGGAGCUGUGGGGAGUGCGGGCGCCGUGACCGUGACCAGCAGCUGGUUCUCACCUGGGUCCUCCUGGUCAAGCCGAGGCGGCUGCCAAACCACCCGAGCCCGGGCAAGGCCCUGACAGGUGCUGCAGCGCAGUCAAUGUGACUGGAAGGCGGAGCCGAUGGCUUUAGCUGGCUGUCCAGAUUCCUUCCUGCACCAUCCGUACUACCAGGACCAGGUGGAGCAGGCACCCCCUCUCAGUCCCCGAGACCUGGCAGGACCUGGCUUCGCAGCCCCGUCGGACCGGCUCACGCAUCACCAGGAGGAUGACGUAGAUCUGGAAGCCCUGGUGAACGAUGUGAACGCGUCGCUGGAGAGUUUGUACCCGGCCUGUAGCAUGCAGUCGGAGACGGUGCCCCUGCUCCAGAACGGCCAGCACACCCGCAGCCAGCCGCCACCCUCAGGAACAAGGUCCCUGCAGGCGCAGCGUUCCCAGCCUGUGCACAUCCUCGCCGUCAGACGCCUGCAGGAGGAAGACCAGCAGCUCCGAACCUCGUCUCUGCCGGCCAUCCCCAACCCUUUCCCCGAGCUCUGCGGCCCCGGGAGCCCACCGGUGCUGGCGCGGGGCUCCUUACCUCCAAGCCAGGCAGCUGCGAAGCAGGAUGUGAAAAUCUUCAGUGAAGACGGGACGAGCAAAGUGGUGGAGAUUCCAGCAGACAUGACAGCCAGGGACCUGUGCCAGCUGCUCGUUUACAGAAGUCACUGCGUGGACGACAACAGCUGGACGCUUGUGGAGCACCACCCACACCUGGGGCUAGAAAGGUGCCUGGAGGACCAUGAGCUGGUGGUCCAGGUGGAGAGUACCAUGGCAAGCGAAAGCAAGUUUUUAUUUAGGAAGAAUUAUGCAAAAUACGAGUUUUUCAAAAAUCCUACGAAUUUCUUCCCAGAGCAGAUGGUUACUUGGUGCCAGCAGUCAAACGGCGGUCACAGCCAGCUUCUGCAGAACUUUCUGAACUCCAGUAGUUCUCCUGAAAUCCAGGGCUUUCUGCACGUGAAGGAGCUGGGGAGGAAGUCGUGGAGAAAGCUGUACGUGUGUUUGCGGAGGUCGGGCCUUUACUGUUCCACGAAGGGGGCGUCCAAGGAGCCUCGACACCUGCAGCUGCUCGGGGGCUUGGAGGAGAGCAGCGUCUUCUCCCUGAUCGCCGGCAGGAAGCAGUACGGCGCCCCCACCGACUAUGGCUUCUGCAUAAAGCCAAACAAAGUCAGGAACGAGACGAAAGAGCUGCGGUUGCUGUGUGCGGAAGAUGAGCAAGGCAGAACGUGCUGGAUGACGGCGUGCAGGCUUCUCAAGUACGGGGUGCUGCUGUACCAGAACUUCAGGAUCCCGCCCCCGCGGAAGGCCUUGCUCCCCUCCUUCUCCACGCCGGUGCGCAGCGUCUCUGAGAACUCCCUCGUAGCGAUGGAUUUUUCUGGGCAAACAGGAAGAGUGAUCGAGAACCCGGCCGAAGCCCAGAGCGCAGCCCUGGAGGAGGGCCACGCCUGGAGGAAACGAAGCACACGGAUGAAUAUCCUAGGCAGCCAAAGUCCCCUCCACCCUUCCACCCUAAGUACAGUGAUUCAUAGGACACAGCACUGGUUUCACGGCAGGAUCUCCAGGGAGGAGUCCCACCGGAUCAUUAAGCAGCAGGGGCUGGUGGAUGGGCUAUUUCUCCUCCGAGACAGCCAGAGCAAUCCAAAGGCUUUUGUGCUCACGCUCUGUCAUCAUCAGAAAAUUAAAAAUUUCCAGAUCUUACCUUGCGAGGAUGACGGGCAGAUGUUCUUCAGCCUUGACGACGGGAACACCAAAUUCUCCGACCUGAUCCAGCUCGUUGACUUUUACCAGCUCAACAAAGGAGUCCUGCCUUGCAAACUGAAGCACCACUGCAUCCGAGUGGCCUUGUGACCUCACACUGACUCUUGGCUGAAGACGGGAGGAAGCUGACACUGGAACGGGGAUGGGGGGUUGCGCGUUGCCAAGAACACACGUCUGUUCUGCACCCCGGGGGACGGGGUCUGUCAGUGCCCACCCACCAGGAUGGACUCGUGGCUGGACUCGCGGAACGAUUUGCUGCUGCGGAUCCCACGGGACCGCCUCCUUCCGCGCCAGCCAGAUCGGGUAGGCCGGAGAGAGCAAACGCAAAUCAGAGGAAAAAACUGAAUCGAUCGUCUUGGCUGGGCCACAUAGGAACAAGAACCGGAGACACGUAAUUGGAAAUGAACUCUUGCCCUGGAAUAAUCUUGACAAUUAAAACUGAUAUGUUUACUUUUUUGUAUCGAUCACUUUUUGCACUCCUUGUUUUCAAUAUUGCCCUCGGCCCCGGUAGGAGGGGUGCGGCUCUUCCGUGCACGUGGGGACGCCGGGACCGCAGCAAGGGGGCAGACUCCAGAGACUGAAUCUGGGCUCCCAGGUAUUGCCAGAGGGUGGUGCCCACCCUGUGCAGGUGACCGUAGGCAGCUUCGGCUCCCAGGUAACAAACCACCGCCAGCCUUCCCCAGAAUACUUGAUGAGCUUUUUUUGUUUUAAAUAAAAGGUGUCACCUGUGGUAGACAUUGGGCCCAUAGUGUGGAUACAGGCACCCACGUCUGCCAAUCACUGCCGUGUCCACAGAUGUCCCCUACGCCCAUUGCGCGUGUGUCCUUCAUAGUUCCAGAGGCCCGGGUGCUCUGGAAAGCUCGCUGGCCCACUGCACAGCAGGGCUGAGUGACCUCACCUCUAGCUGGACAUGGGGAGUGUCCCUGGGGACCACUCCCCCCGGCGCCCAGUCUCUACCGCUCCCUCUCAGCCUGUUCUAGAACGAUCACUGCCUUACCCCCCACCCCCACGGUGGCUCGGGGCCUUUCCUGGCUGUUGUUCCUCUGGGGGUUAAAGGAUCUAAAAGGAAAACAGGACCUGCUUGGCUGCCGGUGGUGGCCGGUGGGUUUCCAUGGUGAUAAAGACGUAAACAUUGGAAAGGGCACAUCUGCAGCCCGGUGUGGAAAGGUCCUUGCUCGAUGACCUCCGUCCUGCUGAAAAGCCCCACGAGCCGGCCCAGGCGCAGGCCCCCCUCGGCGGGCUGGCAUGCAGAAGUACCUCACGACCAUUGUGGGCAUUGGAGAGUCUGGUCAACACAGCACUGCUUCCCCCUCGGGGGCUGAGUCACAUGGUGGCUGGACUGUCCCCCCCACCCCCUCUGCCCCGUCCCCUUAGCUGAGUCAUCGGUGUGACGGGGCCACAGCUUUACCUGCGGUCUGUGCAAAGCAGAAAGGUCUCCCCUGACAGGCCUGGGAGAUCAGUCACCACGCGGGACUGGCCCCCCAGAUGCCUGACUCUGCCCCACCGCCGUGUCCCCCACGAGCUCACGCCCAGGUGGGACCCACGGGGCCUGCCUCGGUGGCACCGCUGUGCUCUAAGACCUCGAGGGUGUAGAAACACUGUAUUGUAGUUUACAGUCCUCACUCUGCUUGUUUUCCACGAAAUGUCUCCUUACACAAGUGCGGAAUUUUAGUAAAACGUUUUUAACUGUAAACGCUCAGUCGCGUUUUCUUGCUUUCGUAGCCAGUUCAUCUUUCAGCCUGCCGACGGUCGGCUGACUCCCGAGUCCUGCCUGGCCACAAGCUUCCAGGGCGCUCCCCCUCGGAGCGGUGCUCCAGUUACACCGUUAGACAUUUUUCUCUUCACUGGUUGGAAGUAGAACCUGAAAGCAGUUCGAUUUCUCUCUUUCUCUGCGCGUAGACCAGUAGGAUGAGACUCUCACGCCCCCUCCGCUAGACAGCUAGCACCCCCAGCAUCUCGUAUUUAUAGACAUGCAUUUUAUUUAAAAGGAGCUUGAAAGCGGGACUCUGACUCAUGGUCUGUGUGUUGCUGGUUUGACGUCUUCUGUACCUGCCUGGCCGCGGUGAAAUGCCGGGUGGAGGGUGGGAGGCCCUGUGCCUGGUGGCUGGGAAUUCCACCUGAAAGCAGCCAGCCCCUCGAGGAUGCGGGCGCCUGGCCCAGCCAACCAGGGGCGGAAGGACGUUCGACUUUUAUUUUUGUAUUUAAAUGACAUGAAUGUAAAUGGAACAGCUCAGGGUCAUUUUGGAGCCUGUUGACUUUUUCUCUCUCUCUCUCUCUUUGUGCCUGUGAUUUUCUUUUCUAAAAGGAAAACCCCACAUAGCAGCCUGGACUUAGUUGGGAAGGAUACCCAACGCUUUGGGUAUUGGUGUUUAAAUAGGUGAGCUCUGUUACCUUAGGUCUUUGAGUUCCAGAACGUUGUUUUGUUUGCUAAACUUGGAAAAAUAUGUGCCUCAGUCUAGCUGUUUUGUCUUCUCUUUUCUGCACUUCAUACCUGACGGUUUGACCAAUUGGCACACCUGUCCAGGGCAGGACCUGCUCGUGGUGGAUCGUGAUGUCACCGGGCAAGUGCACGGUGACUAUAAAACAGCCUGACGGAUAAACGGUUUCAGGGAAUGCAGACGGUAUUACGAGACAAAACCCUUAUUCCACGUGCUUUUACCCUUUCUGUACAUAGCUCUUCAGCUCGUGAACCUAAUUGUAAACUUUCAGGUAUUUUUGUACAAAUGAGGGACUGAUGCUCUGUUUCUUGUAAUUAGAAAUAAACAUUACUACCGUGUUCUUC